AUGGCGGGAGGACCCCCUUAUACCGUCCACUCUCCAACCCAGCAGCCGCAUUUCGCAAACUUCCCCCCUUCCUCCAGAGACAGAUCUUCCUUCUCCAACAAUGACUCUUACCAGGCCCCUCCCCACACUCCCCCGGGCUACCCUCCUGCCUCUCUGGCGCGGAGCCCGCCCUUUGGCCACACUGCCUCCCCGAUGAUGAGUACCACGCUCCCUCCCAUGAGUGGAUCAGCCCCUUCCCAUCCAGACGGCUCUCCCUCGUAUCCCUCCCAUUCAACCUCCACAACCACCCAGUUCCCCCUCCAUGGCCCUUACAGGGGUAGCUCGCACAUGUCGUCGUCCGGCCACUCCCCGCCCCCGAGUCACUUUGGCCAGCAGGUCUCGUCGCACACACACCCGUCUGCUGAAUCCAUGUCCCGAUCGCCAAGGCGGGAGGCUGAGACUCUACAUGACGUGAGGCCCAAUAACAUGGUUUAUUCGUCACAGUCGCCCAUGAUGCAGGAUACGAAACCCGCCUCUCCAAAGGAAACUAAGCCGGCCAGAACAGAUCCUAUGUCAUUUGCCAGCAUUCUUUCCACCCCUGCUGAAGAACGCCCCCCCCGCAAGUCCACCCCGCCACCUCGCGUUACCAAAGUCAGUGAGCCACCCGCCAUCGCACCUGCACCUAAGGUCGAGAAGCCCAGAUCUUCUGCCUCAGAAAGACGCCGCCAGCAAGCUCAACUGGAACCAUCUUACAACGACAAUACAUCCCGCCCAUCCACAAACGGCGUCUCCGCUACAAGGGCUAUUGCUCCUUCAAAUUCAAAGUCAAGGAAGUCAAUUACUGAACGUGAGAACGAAAAGAUUGCUAAAGCGAUGGAACGGAUUGACUCCAUGGACAAACGUGAGCUGGAGGCUCCUGGUUAUGAACAUGAGUGGGCGCGGUAUAUCCGCAAGGGGAAGAAGCGUGCUCGUGAGGUGGAAGCUAUUGAAGCACGGAAGCGCAGGCGACGCCAAACCGAAUUCUUAAGUGCGCUCGCCAAAGUCUUUGAGAAGCAGGUUCUGAACGGCACUGAGCGGUUUAACCGUAAGCAUGAGGCUGCCGUUCAAGUUGAAGUUCAGCAGAAAGAGAUCCAGGAUGAAAAGGAGCGGAAGAAGGAUAUGCAGAGAAAACGUCGUCGUGAAAACACCGUCCGUCUUGAGAUGCAGAAGAUGGAUGAAGCUCGCCAGAAAGCCUCUGAGGCUGAAGAUGUUGCUGAGAAAGAGCGGCUGAUGCGUGAAGUUGAAAAGUCUCGAAAGAAGAUCAAGAGUACGAAACGUGCCUUGGAACGGGGAAAUGAGCCGGAGGAAAUCAGCGAGGUCCCACCGCUGGCACCAAAUCUCGAGGGAGGCACCACCAGUACAUUCCACGUUACUUCGAAAUCCCCCCCUCCCAAGAAGAGAUCCGGCAAGUCUGGCUCCUCCGCACGACCAAAGAAAUCAAAGGAGAAGAAGCAAGCUGAGAAGGACGCUGCUGAAGCUGCCUAUGCGGCUAUGGAGAAAGACGACGAACUCGUCCCUCUCGCGCCAAAGGAGGAUCCGAAAAAGGAAUCUCUGAAGAAAGAAUCCAAAGCUGCCCGCUCCAAAGAAGCAACUCCUGCACCUCCCACUACGCCAUUCGAAUCCAAAGCUUACAACGUGCUCUACGAAGCGAUAUGGAGAGAAAUUGCUCGAAAGGAUGUACCCCGGGUCUAUCGUAUCAAGGCUACAUCUUUGAACAUUCGCCAGGAGAAUCUGCGCAAGACUGCUCAGCUGGCGAGCAAGCAGUCUCGGAAAUGGCAAGAACGUACCAACAAGAGUAUGAAGGAUACCCAGGCUCGGGCGAAGAGAACGAUGCGGGAGAUGAUGUCCUUCUGGAAAAGAAAUGAGCGUGAAGAGCGUGAUUUGCGACGCAUGGCAGAGAGACAGGAGUUGGAACUGGCUAAGAAGGCAGAAGCUGAUCGCGAAGCUAACCGCCAGAAACGCAAACUGAAUUUCCUAAUUUCCCAGACGGAGCUGUACUCCCAUUUCAUCGGCCGGAAAAUCAAAACGAGUCAGGCGGAGCAGACUGAUGAAACCGGCCCCGUUGACGAUGCCUCCAUGGCGAAGCCUGACAUACCUCUCCCCGAUACUGAUGGGAAGCCGGCUCCGAAGGUCACCAGUUUCGAAGACCUUGACUUCGACGCUGAAGAUGAAACUGCUUUACGACAGGCUGCCAUGGCCAAUGCGCAAAACGCCGUUCAAAAGGCGCAGGAGCGGGCACGCGCGUUCAACAAUGACGAUAACAAGAUGGCUGCCUUCGAUGAAGGGGAGAUGAAUUUCCAGAACCCGACCAGCUUCGGUGACGUUGAGGUUUCUCAGCCUAAAAUGCUCACUGCUCAGUUGAAGGAGUAUCAGCUUAAGGGACUGAAUUGGCUCGUCAAUCUGUACGAGCAGGGUAUUAACGGUAUCCUUGCCGAUGAGAUGGGGCUGGGUAAAACGGUUCAGUCCAUCUCCGUCAUGGCGUAUCUUGCUGAAGUACAUAAUAUCUGGGGUCCGUUCCUUGUUAUUGCGCCGGCGUCGACGCUGCAUAAUUGGCAGCAGGAGAUUUCGCGAUUCGUGCCGAAUAUAAAGCUCGUUGUGUUGGAUGCGCAGUACUUCCAGAAGGUGAAAUGGCAAUAUAUGAUCCUGGGACGAGGCGCAGGCGAUAAAGUCCUCGCAGAGUUCCCGCUGGAAAAAUCUGCUCGGUUUUUCAUUUGCGAAGGACACUUCGAAGACAUCAGUGCCAAACCCUCCGGUGCCGCGACUCCUGUCUCUGCUGGGGAUAAUGGGGUUCCUGCUGUCGUCGCUGGGAAGGGGAGACGGGGUGGACGUGGUGGAGCUGGCGCCGGCGAAGGUGCUGGUAGAAGGUCGAAGAAAGCGAAGACGACGAAGGAGCGGCUGAGAUUGAUUGAUGGGGAUGAUUGA